AAAAGAUCUUUGUGUUAAGGUCAAGCGGAAUUAUCAAAUUAAGCUCCAAGAUGAAAAUUGUCUGUAGCAUUCUGUUUCUAUUUGCUUUGUCAGUGAAAGCUAUUCAACUAAUUGAAUCAUUGGAUUAUUCAUCAGAAACGAAUAUGAAUUUGGAUUGUGAAUUCAAGAAAUCCACUUGUAAUUGGGGUAAUGAUCAAAAUAAUUGGCCAGUAAAUUGGAAACUGGUGAUGAUUGAGUCUGAAGACUUUUCAAAAAAUAGUGAAAUAUCAACUGUAGAAAGAAAUUCUGUUUGUUUAUCCUUACAUGGAAAAUCAAAUAACCAUCAGUCUGAUUACGAUAUAACAGCUCGUUUAUUCAGUCCAAUCAUAUCAAUUAUGAAGCAACCAAGUUGUAUACAGUUGAUAUAUAACAUACAAUAUGUUUCUGGUUCAUUGAGAGAUCAUAUUAGUUUGAGUGAAAGAGAAUUGAAUAUGUACGGUGUGGAUGAUAGACUACCGAAACUAUCGUUAUUACGUCGUCAAAUGGGAUCAUGUAUAAAGCAUAGUACUCAAGAAUUCGGUAAAUCAUCGGUCACAUGCGAAAAUGUUGAUCUGUGGUCAUCAAAAUAUGCGUCGAACAAUGUUAUAUCGAAUGACGUAUUAUGGUCUGUUGCGAAAAUUGAUUUGCCCGCUUCUUCCGUAUCAUCUGACAUAAGUUAUAAACUGAUAUUAGAAGGUACAAUUCCUGCUGGCUACCCAGAUGCUAGAAUCUGUGUCGAUAAUAUUACUUCCUAUACUGAACCAUGUAGUGCUCUGGAGAAAGCAUCUGCACCAUUGCCAAGUCAAUGGAGUUGGGCACAAUACUUUGGAUUGACAUUUGUUGGUGCUUUAAUCUUAGGUUUAUUAAUACCAGUGUUGUUUUUGGUUAUUCUGAUUUGGGCCUGUCGUCGCCGUCAUCAUGCUAUGCACUCAAACUAUACGAAUAGCAAAUUAUUUUCAACAAAUCUAUGGUAUUACAUCGGUGGCAAAGAAAUAUGUGAUGAUCCAAAUGGUUUUCGUGGUAGUUCAAGUUUGUUGCGUUCAAAACAAUUUAAUUCACCGUCAGCAACUGGUACUUUAUUGAAUGGUGGUGGUGGACAUCAUCUGAUGUUGAGUAAUGCUGAUGUAAUGGAUUUACCUGAUGUAGUUGUACCAGGCGGUAACACACUUCGUCAUAAUCAUAAUAAUGCUGGAUAUACAAACACAAAUUAUCUAUCAAAUGCACAAAAUGGUCAGGUUAUGCUAACAAAUGUUAAUGGGACAGUUUCAUUGAAUAAUUGUGGUACAAAUGUUACUACUGUUGCACGUACUGGUCAAAAUGCAAUGCCGUUAGUUUCAAAUGAACUUAUUCAACAACAGUCACAAAGUCAACAACAAAAUGAAACUUAUAAUUACCAAACGAAUCCAGUUUUCGGGGAAUCUGCCUCUAUGGCACUGAUGACAGCUAGUCAAUCUCCAAUGCUGAUGACACAAUCUAUGGCACCAAAUUAUGGUUCUGAAGCAAAUCACAUUGCUCAGUCAAAUUUUUCCAAUGCUAAUACUCAACAAAUAAACCAAUUAAAUUCAAAUGGUCAAGUAUACAACAAACCAGCAGUACCACCAGCACAACAACAACACCAUCAACCACGUGCACAAUCGCAAUAUUUUCCCCCGACCCAACAAUCUCAAACGAAUUUGAUCCAACCACAACCACAAAUAUCUCAAUCAUUUCAACAACAACAACAGCAGCAGCAACCGUCCAACUUUCAAUUUCAGAACCAACUUCAACAGCAACAACAACAACAGUUAGUAGCUAACCAAACACCUGUUUCUAAUCAGUUUCAUCCACAGCAACAACAGUCUGUACAACAAUCACAGCAACAACAGUUUCCUCUUCCACCACCUCCCCCAACAUGUCAAUUGCAACAAAUGAAUCUUCAACAGGCUUCAAAUUUACCACCACAAACACAACAACAAAAUCAACCUGUUCCUUUUAAUCAACAACCAGUUAAUCAUCAGUAUCCAUUUCAGUCACAAUCAUCACAAGUACAACAACCAGUACCGACUGAUCAACGAAGACAACAAGUAGUGAAUGGACAAAUACAAACAUCUGUUGCCGUUGUUACUGCACAAACUGCUCCCAUUCCACUUGGUUCAUCGCAACAAAAUUGUCAACCUCUACAACAACAGUCUAACACUAAUACUACAAAUUCUGGUAAUAAUAAUAAUGGGAAUGCAUUAAUAACAAUAUCAAAUAAUCGUUGUUUAUCUAUGUCACCAACGUCCGUUGGAACUGAUUCACUUACUGAAGCUGAUCAACAAGCUGCUAUGGCUUUGUUAGCUGCUGCCACAGAAGGUAUGGAUACAUUUCGAGAAAAUCAAACAACACCGAGUAGUUUACAGUCUCCAAUUCCAAUAGUCAAUAAUAACAUUAGGAGAUUAGAUUCAUGCAUUAAUACUACUACUGCUACAAAUACUACCACUAAUAAUGAUAUUAACACUCAAGUACCAGUUGAUGAAGACAAUCCACCACCAGGAUAUGAUGAAGCUAUUGGUUUGAUACAAAACAAUUUCAUGAAUAAUGUUAACAUGGCAAUGAUGAUGAAUACAAUGGUGAAACCAGCUGUUCCUAUACCGAACACAACUUGUACACCACCACCAGCAUUACCACCACGUCGAAUUAUUAACGGAGUUGGUUUAGAAGAUAUUGAGGAUCCGCAAUCAAUGACAUCGUGUAUAUCGUUAGCUGAACGUUAUGGUCUACCUGUAGCUGAAAUUUAAAAUGAACAGCACGGAGGUUUUAAACGAUGGAUAUUGUUGAACUGUUUAGGAAAUUAUUACAUCAUUGAAUGUGUAACAGUCAUACUGUUUUUGUUUAGCGUAAUUUUUCAUCGCAUCCGUUUAAUGUUAUUGUUUUUCUUCUUCUCGCUUACUCAUCUUAAUUAGUGCUUGUUGUUCUCAUUAUUGUUGUUGUCCCCAUCAUUAUUAUUUAUUGUUAAUGUAUGCUUUUCGUAUCUGCAUGUUUUCAUGUGUACUUGUGUCUAUUCUUGACAUUUCAUCUCAUCAAUUUUUUAUAUUUAUCUUACUCAUUGCUUUGCUUAUAUAAUGAUUUUACGUUUCAUUGUAGCUGUGUUUACUUAUUUUAAUCGUAAUAUUGAUAUUUAUACACACACAAUGAUUUUACAAGUAUUACACUUUAAAUAGUAGCAUUCUCUUGUCAUUACAACUUAUGCAACUGUCAUGCCUAAAUUUAGGUUUUUAAUUGUUUUAUACCCUGAUUAAUCCAUUUACUGUUUACUGAUAGCUAAUAUAGUAUAAUUGUUUGUCAUUAUCUCACUGUCAUCCACACACACACACGUACACAGUAAUUGAAGUUACGCUAUUCAUGUUCUCAUAUUCUAUGGUGAGGAAGUUAAGUAAUAAAACUAAAGCAUUUUAAUCUUCUAGGCAAUCAUAACGAAGAACAUCAGUUGCAUAUACAUUUAUUUGUGUGUAAAACGGUGUAUGUUUCAAUGCUAUCAAGCUGUUAGUAAUUAUCAACUACAUUAUUCAUCACCAAUCACCACUAAAAUAUUUUAAAUUAUGACAGUCAUUCUCAUCUUGAUUUUAAAUUCUUUAUUGUCUUAGUCUACUAAUAUUUGCUUCGUUCGUUUUCACUGCUGUUUUACUUCACUCAUUGAUAGUUAUUUGUGUUUAUUUUUUCUUCUGUGCAAUUUUAUCAAACCUUUCUCUCUUGUAAUUUUUGUCCUCUCUUUUGUUUUGAUUUGUCCUUUCUUGUUUUGUGGAGGUAUUUUAUUGAUUACACCGAACUCUGCCAGAAUUCCUCACUCUCUAUUCAUCCCACCUUCAGAGAUAUCAUAGAAUGGGCGUUAAAUUUGUUUUUGACCAGUAGUAAGAACAAACUUUAUACGCUAGUUAUUUGAAGGUACUUCUGGUUGAGCUUUCUUUUUACUUUUCAACAUUAACUAACAAUUGCAAUAUGUAUAUCUUAUGAUUCGUUUGAUUUAAACGUGCAACGUAGUUGUUGAUCUUUAUUAACGGCUACCGGAUUAUCGGUUUGUUCAUUUCCCUAAAUGUUUUAUCCCGAAUUUUAAUCAUGUUUGCAUUAUCAUAACGUUUUCAUGUUGUCUGUCAUUUUGAUCACUUAUUUAAUGAAUAAUCAGUGUAUUGUCAUUUUUCCAUGCUUACUUCCUUUGCUUCAAUAAAUAAAUGUUCAUUAUGAUC